AAUCCUGGUUUUGUCUUCUUUCCUUAGGCUUUGUUAUUUGGUUCUCCACUGCGCAGAAAUAGAUACGACAGCCAGCAUUGUUGAGCAUCAGGAUUUUCUAAGAGGACAGACUUAACAGUAACAUCAUGGCCUCAGCAGGACUUCAGCUCCUUGCUUUCAUCCUGGCCUUAUCUGGGGUCUCUGGAGUGCUCACAGCCACCUUGCUGCCCAACUGGAAGGUGAAUGUGGAUAUGGGCUCCAACAUCAUAACAGCCAUUGUGCAGCUGCAUGGGCUCUGGAUGGACUGUACGUGGUACAGCACCGGGAUGUUCAGCUGUGCCCUGAAACACUCCAUUCUGUCCCUCCCCAUCCACGUGCAGGCUGCAAGAGCCACCAUGGUCCUGGCGUGUGUUCUGUCUGCUUUGGGGAUCUGCACUUCCACAGUAGGAAUGAAAUGUACUCGCUUAGGAGGGGACAGAGAAACCAAGAGCCAUGCUUCCUUUGCUGGAGGAGUCUGUUUCAUGUCUGCAGGAAUCUCUAGUUUAAUCCCGACAGUGUGGUACACAAAGGAGAUCAUCGCAAACUUUCUGGAUCUGACAGUUCCAGAAAGCAACAAACACGAACCUGGAGGAGCUAUCUAUAUCGGAUUCAUUUCAGCAAUGCUGUUGUUUAUCUCUGGCAUGAUUUUCUGCACCUCUUGUAUAAAAAGGAAUCCAGAAGCUUGGCUCGACCCACCCACGCAGCAGCCUAUCUCUAACACACAGCUCGAGAACAAUUCCACACACAAUCUGAAGGAUUAUGUGUAAAUAACUGAGUGAUACAUAUGAAAUGGGAUUUUUGGGUGCCAAAUGGGACUUUUAGAUUUUAAAAAAUCAGAAUUAUGCUUAACUUUCCCUACAAAGAAAGUAGAAUGUAAAAUACUUUAACAACUACAAGGUAGUUUAAAAUGCCAAUAAAACUAUCAUAUACAA